GAAGAAAUGCUGGCUCUUUGACAAUGAGAAGCAGUAAAAACUGACCUCAUAGGGUAUACGAGCACUAUGGGACCUGAAACGUCUGCUCCAUGGGCAGCCAUCCUCCACUGGUGAUGUUGAGAAGCCCUCCACUCCACUGGAAAACACUAAUCUGAUCUUGGAAGUGGUUAAUUGUGGCAGGAUGUGUCGACGAUGAUGAUGGCAAGAAAGCAAGAUGUCCGCAUUCCCACCUACAACAUCAGUGUGGUGGGAUUGUCUGGGACCGAGAAGGAGAAAGGCCAGUGUGGCAUUGGGAAGUCCUGUCUGUGCAACCGCUUUGUGCGCCCCAGUGCUGAUGAGUUUCACUUGGAUCAUACCUCUGUCCUCAGCACCAGUGACUUCGGUGGGCGAGUGGUCAAUAAUGACCACUUUCUCUACUGGGGAGAAGUUAGCCGCUCCCUGGAGGAUUGUGUGGAAUGUAAGAUGCACAUUGUGGAACAGACUGAAUUCAUUGAUGAUCAGACUUUCCAACCUCAUCGAAGCACGGCCCUGCAGCCCUACAUCAAGAGAGCUGCUGCAACGAAACUUGCAUCAGCUGAAAAACUCAUGUACUUUUGCACUGACCAGCUGGGACUGGAGCAGGACUUUGAGCAGAAACAAAUGCCAGAUGGAAAGCUGCUGAUAGAUGGUUUUCUUCUUGGUAUUGAUGUAAGCAGGGGCAUGAAUAGGAACUUUGAUGACCAGCUCAAGUUUGUUUCCAAUCUCUACAAUCAGCUUGCAAAAACAAAAAAGCCCAUCGUGGUGGUCCUGACUAAGUGUGAUGAGGGUGUUGAGCGGUACAUUAGAGAUGCACAUACUUUUGCCUUAAGCAAAAAGAACCUCCAGGUUGUAGAGACCUCCGCGAGAUCCAAUGUAAAUGUGGACUUGGCUUUCAGCACCUUAGUGCAACUCAUUGAUAAAAGUCGGGGAAAGACUAAAAUCAUUCCUUACUUUGAAGCUCUCAAGCAGCAGAGUCAGCAGAUAGCUACAGCAAAAGACAAGUAUGAGUGGCUGGUGAGUCGUAUUGUAAAAAACCACAAUGAGAAUUGGCUGAGUGUCAGCCGAAAAAUGCAGGCCUCCCCAGAGUACCAGGACUAUGUCUACCUGGAAGGGACUCAGAAAGCCAAGAAGCUGUUUCUACAGCACAUCCACCGCCUCAAGCAUGAACAUAUUGAGCGCAGGAGAAAGCUGUACCUAGCAGCCCUGCCAUUAGCUUUUGAAGCUCUUAUACCUAAUCUAGAUGAAAUAGACCACCUAAGCUGCAUAAAAGCCAAAAAACUCUUAGAGACCAAGCCAGAAUUCCUGAAGUGGUUUGUUGUGCUUGAAGAGACACCAUGGGAUGCCACCAGCCACAUUGACAACAUGGAAAAUGAACGGAUUCCCUUUGACUUAAUGGACACCGUCCCGGCAGAGCAGCUGUACGAGGCCCACUUAGAGAAGCUAAGAAAUGAGAGGAAGAGAGCAGAGAUGAGAAGGGCAUUCAAAGAAAACCUGGAGACCUCACCUUUUAUAACUCCUGGAAAACCUUGGGAAGAGGCCCGUAGUUUUAUUAUGAAUGAAGAUUUCUACCAGUGGCUAGAGGAAUCUGUAUACAUGGAUAUUUAUGGCAAACACCAAAAGCAAAUUAUAGACAAAGCAAAGGAAGAGUUUCAGGAGUUACUUUUGGAGUACUCAGAAUUGUUUUAUGAGUUAGAGCUGGAUGCUAAGCCCAGCAAAGAGAAGAUGGGUGUCAUUCAGGAUGUUCUGGGAGAGGAACAGCGAUUUAAAGCAUUGCAGAAGCUCCAAGCAGAGCGUGAUGCCCUCAUUCUGAAGCACAUUCAUUUUGUUUACCACCCAACAAAGGAGACAUGCCCCAGCUGCCCAGCUUGUGUGGAUGCUAAGAUUGAGCACUUGAUUAGUUCUCGGUUUAUCCGGCCAUCAGACCGGAAUCAGAAAAAUUCACUCUCUGACCCCAACAUUGAUAGGAUCAACUUGGUUAUCUUAGGCAAAGAUGGCCUUGCCAGAGAGCUAGCCAAUGAGAUUCGAGCUCUUUGUACAAAUGAUGACAAGUACGUGAUAGAUGGUAAAAUGUAUGAGCUUUCCCUGAGGCCAAUAGAAGGGAACGUUAGGCUUCCUGUGAACUCUUUCCAGACACCAACCUUUCAACCCCAUGGCUGCCUCUGCCUUUACAAUUCAAAAGAGUCACUCUCCUAUGUAGUGGAAAGUAUAGAGAAGAGCAGGGAGUCCACAUUGGGGAGGCGGGAUAAUCAUUUAGUUCACCUUCCCCUGACAUUAAUUUUGGUUAACAAGAGAGGAGACACCAGUGGAGAGACCCUGCAUAGCUUAAUACAACAAGGUCAGCAAAUUGCCAGUAAACUUCAGUGUGUCUUUCUUGACCCCGCCUCUGCUGGCAUUGGCUAUGGACGCAACAUUAAUGAGAAGCAAAUCAGUCAGGUUUUGAAGGGACUUCUAGACUCUAAGCGUAACUUAAAUCUAGUCAGUUCAACUGCUAGUAUCAAAGAUUUGGCUGAUGUCGAUCUGCGAAUUGUUAUGUGUCUCAUGUGUGGGGAUCCCUUUAGUGCAGACGACAUACUCUUUCCUGUUCUUCAGUCCCAAACCUGUAAAUCUUCCCAUUGUGGAAGCAACAACUCUGUUUUACUUGAACUUCCAAUCGGAAUACACAAGAAACGGAUUGAACUGUCUAUUCUUUCAUACCAUUCCUCAUUUAGUAUCAGAAAGAGUCGGCUGGUCCAUGGGUACAUUGUUUUUUAUUCAGCCAAACGUAAGGCUUCCUUGGCUAUGUUACGUGCCUUUCUUUGUGAAGUGCAGGAUAUUAUCCCCAUCCAGCUUGUAGCACUCACUGACGGCGCUGUAGAUGUCCUGGACAAUGACUUAAGUCGGGAACAGCUGAUGGAGGGGGAAGAGAUUGCUCAAGAAAUUGAUGGAAGGUUCACAAGCAUCCCCUGUAGCCAGCCUCAGCAUAAACUUGAGAUAUUUCACCCAUUUUUUAAAGAUGUAGUGGAGAAAAAGAACAUAAUCGAGGCCACUCAUAUGUAUGAUAACGUUGCUGAGGCUUGUAGCACCACUGAGGAGGUGUUUAACUCCCCUCGGGCAGGGUCUCCCCUCUGCAACUCCAACCUGCAGGAUUCGGAAGAGGAUAUCGAGCCCCCGUCUUACAGCCUGUUUCGAGAAGACACAUCACUGCCCUCUCUGUCCAAAGACCAUUCCAAGCUGUCUAUGGAACUGGAGGGGAAUGACGGGCUGUCGUUCAUCAUGAGCAAUUUUGAGAGUAAACUGAACAACAAAGUACCUCCACCAGUCAAACCAAAGCCUCCUGUCCAUUUUGACAUUACAAAGGGAGAUCUGUCUUACCUAGAUCAAGGGCAUAGGGAUGGGCAGAGGAAGUCGGUAUCUUCUAGCCCCUGGCUGCCUCAGGAUGGAUUCGACCCUUCUGACUACGCUGAACCAAUGGAUGCUGUAGUCAAGCCAAGGAAUGAAGAGGAAAACAUAUACUCUGUGCCCCAUGACAGCACCCAAGGCAAGAUCAUCACCAUUCGGAAUAUCAACAAAGCCCAGUCCAACGGCAGUGGCAAUGGUUCCGACAGUGAAAUGGACACCAGUUCUCUAGAACGAGGCCGCAAGGUGUCCAUGGUGAGCAAGCCAGUGCUAUACAGGACGAGAUGCACCCGGUUGGGGCGGUUUGCUAGUUACCGAACCAGCUUCAGUGUGGGGAGUGAUGAUGAGCUGGGGCCAAUACGGAAGAAAGAGGAAGAUCAGGCAUCUCAAGGUUAUAAAGGGGACAAUGCUGUCAUUCCGUAUGAAACGGACGAAGACCCAAGGAGGAGGAAUAUUCUUCGAAGUCUAAGGAGGAACACUAAGAAACCAAAGCCCAAACCUCGGCCAUCCAUCACAAAGGCAACCUGGGAGAGCAAUUAUUUUGGGGUACCCUUAACAACUGUUGUGACUCCGGAGAAGCCGAUCCCCAUUUUUAUUGAAAGAUGCAUUGAGUACAUUGAAGCCACAGGACUGAGCACUGAAGGUAUCUACCGUGUUAGCGGGAACAAGUCAGAAAUGGAGAGUCUGCAGAGACAGUUCGACCAAGACCACAACCUGGACUUGGCAGAGAAAGACUUUACGGUAAAUACGGUGGCUGGUGCCAUGAAGAGCUUUUUCUCAGAACUGCCAGACCCCCUGGUCCCGUACAACAUGCAGAUUGAUUUGGUGGAGGCGCACAAAAUCAAUGACCGAGAACAGAAGUUACACGCCCUCAAGGAAGUCUUAAAGAGGUUCCCAAAGGAAAACCAUGAAGUCUUCAAAUAUGUCAUCUCUCACCUGAACAAAGUCAGCCACAACAACAAGGUGAACCUUAUGACGAGCGAGAACCUCUCCAUCUGCUUCUGGCCCACGCUGAUGAGGCCAGAUUUCAGCACCAUGGAUGCGCUCACGGCCACGCGCACCUACCAGACAAUCAUCGAGCUCUUCAUCCAGCAGUGCCCCUUCUUCUUCUACAACCGGCCCAUCAGCGAGCCCCCGGGCGCCGUGCCCAGCUCCCCCUCUGCAGUGGCUUCCACCGUCCCCUUCCUCACCUCCACGCCGGUCACGGGCCAGCCGUCACCACCCCAGUCCCCCCCACCCACCCCCCAGUCCCCGAUGCAGCCCCUGCUCCCCUCCCAGCUGCAAGCUGAGCACACGCUGUGAGCCCCGGGCCGGGCAGCAGGAGAGCCUGUCUUCUCUGCGAUGGGUGGCCCUCGGCCUUGAACAAAACCAAGUCUGCUGGGCAGGGCCGGGGCCAAGGGUCCCUUUUCUGUCACCUUGUCAAGACCUCAGCGGUGCUAUGGCCAGUGGGCCCCCCACAGGCCAGGCUCUUGGGCACCGCAAGCCCAGCGCUAUAGGUCUGGUGGCCUCUGGCAGCGCCGUGGAUGGGCCCUGCCCUCCAGCGUGGACCACUGGGGCCAGCCCAGUCAGGCGCUGCUCCCCAGACCACUGCUUCUGCGCACACCAGCCUCGUGGUGCCGCCUGCUUCCACGGAGCCCGCUCCCGGGACAGAUUCAGCCUCUGCCGGGGAGCACCGUGUCCUGAGAUGAGGCUGCCCGACCGCCGUGCCCUGAGGAGAACACAUCCCAUCCAUCUCAUCUCUUCCCACCUCCGAAUCUGCACACACACUGGGGCGGGGAGUCCUUGGGAGCCCUGGACCCACUCCCGGCUCUGCUGCCCCGGCUCCCUGCGGGCUGUGUGCCCAGCAGACUGGAACCUCGGGAGGAGAGCUAUGAGCCUGGCCUGAGUGUGCCUCCCCCACUGCGCCCACCAGGACUUCCAUAUACAGUCCCUUCCCGGCAGAGCAACACUAGAAGGAGGUGGAGCGCCCCCCACAAGUAAAGAGCAGACAAGGAAGACACCCCAGAAAGAACACUACAGACCUCAAGCUCCCACCCCUCCCGGCUCUGCGGGGCAGGCAGGUGGAGGGCACCCUGACUGUGAUAGCCAGACAAGGAUGCCCAUGGCCUGGCCUGCAAGCCUCUGGGCCCUGCUUACACCCUCUCAGCAGACCCCUGUCCCUAAGAAGACAGUUGGAACCCUGGGGGAAGCUGGCAGCGGGACCAGGCUGUGCCCCCCCGCCCCCAGCUCCAACACUACACCGCGGAAACACUACUCGCACGCGCCUGGCCCGGGGCAGGGCUUGGGGUGGAGCGGCAGCGUGGGAGGCUCCCAGCAGGAGUGUCUGGGACUUGGGCUAUGUGCGCCACAAAGAAAUGGCCGUCCAUGGAGCCUGCAUAGGGAUCCCAGGGCCAGAGGAUGUCCCUGCCUGUCACCACCAGCUUGGCCCUCCGAAACACCCCGUGAGCCCCUUCUAUCCCCCAACCAGUCCCACACAGCAGUUCUGCCAGAACUGGGAGGCCCAAGUGCACUGUCCCCGUGUCCAUCCUCACUGCUGGGCCACACCUAACGCUAAGGUACCUGGGCAUGGGAGAGCAGGGUGGAGGGGCCUGCGCCGCCCCCUGCCCCCGGGUCCUGUUUGUUGCACUUUAGAAGCAGCUCGUGGCAAGUUCCGAGGAACUCGUGGGGUAGGAGGGGUGGCCUCCUGCACCUCCCGUCUGCCACCCCAGUUCCUCCGUUGGAUAAGCUGGCUAUGUCUCCAGUCCCUGGUGGCCAAACAAGGUGCUUGGAAGCAGUAACUUAGCCUGCAGUUCUGUCACCCCGCCAAGAAUGCUCCCCAGCCAAACCACGGUGCACACCGCAGUGCAGACUGCACGGCGGUGCUUCUCCCCUUCGCUGGGCUGUGGGCUGGAAGUGGGGCCGGCGUUUCAGCUGAGGUUGGCACAGCCAGACAGGGGCUCACCAGCUCCUGCGGCCCUGAGCCGGGUGUCAUUUUAAGUUCUCUGCUUGUCACUGCCUUGCUCCCCAAGGAGCUGCAGUGGGAACGAACGGGCAGGAGCAGCCAGAUCCAGCACGGAGCUGGGCCGACAUCCGGGGCUGCUGUGCCCUCCCAGGGCUGGCCACGGGGGCUCCCACCACCAGAGCUGCCAGUGUCGCCCUCGCUUCUGCUUCCCUGCCACCUCUACCCCCUCACUUCCCGCUUCUCCAGGCUGCGAGGCCGGAGGACAGACACUCGGUCGCUCUGUGCCACACUUGUGAGUGCUGGGCUUCGUCUCGUCAGGGGCUGGUUGGGGACAGCCUGGCCACAUGCAGCAUGCCGCCUAUCCUGGCGUUCGCCAGGGCUCCAGAUUCUGGAAAGCACUUCCGCACAGGCCCUCGUGGGCUGCACCGGGCAGCCAGACCUGUGGUGGUCAGCAGGCUCUCCGUGCAGUUGCUGCCCUGCCCGCUGCACCCCAGGCGGUGAGCCACGCCUGACCCCCACUCUGCUCAGCUCCCAGCUGCGUGAGGGGUGGGGAGGUGGCCUGUGUCACAUGUUGGAGUCACCAUGCACCACUUUAUUCUGUCACCCUUCCCGUCACUGGGCAUUUUCGGAAGAAACAGAGAUCUGCCGGUGUUUCCCUGCUGGAGAGGCUUCCGGCACGAUGUUUGUCUGCCACUGCGGCUAAGGGAGACGUCACAGGAGCGGCUGGCUCCUGCUCCCUCUCGGUCUGAGGGGAGGGAGUCCUGGUGGCCGGGUCCCCACGGUAGGCUCCCUAGGCCCAUGAAACCUGCAGGCGGGUCGGCUGCAGCAUCUUGUCACGGUCACCGCUGGCUGUGCUCCCCUGUCCUGUGAGCAGAGCUGCGCUGCAGUGGCUCAGGAAGGCCCUUCAUCCAGGGCAGCCAUGGGGGCGGCUGCAGGGCCUGGGCAGGUGGCUGGGGCUGAGGCAGGCCGACUUGGGGCUGAGGGCCGUGUGCAGGUUGGGCUGUGUUAGGGAAGAGGGGGGACCGGGCCCCCCAGGAUCUGGUCCCUCCCUCCUUCCCUGUCCCCCCUCGGAACCCUGUGGGCUGUCGCCUGCCUGUGACCUCUGGGCGGCCCCUGUCACAUGACCACAGCCACCCCGCAGCUUUCCGCGCAGUGGAGAUGGGCGUAAGUUACUGUUUGCAUCAAGAAACCACGUUCCCUGUGUACAUUUUAAAAAGAAAUGUCUCCAAGUUGUAUGGGAAUAAACUUGUUUGAAAAUUUGGAA